CUUUCAUCUGUCUUCUCCAGCCGACUGUAAGCUCCCUGUAGACAAGGCCUGCUCCCUUCAAGGCUCGAUCUCCAGCUCCUGACACACCACACGCUAGGUGCUCAGUCAUUAAUGGUCAGGCGAACGAGUGAUCAGUGGGUGAAGCAGGGACUGCUGCCUGAGAAAGGUGAGCAGGCUGGAAAUGGGAGGUCCCCGCGGCGUUUCCCAGCCGGGCUCCUCCCGAGGCGGAAGGAAGGAGAGAUCCCGGAUGUAGUCGAAGGGCCCGGAAGGAGGAGAGGAGGGUCGCCUCACCCUGGAGCGGGAAUGCUCCAGGGCAGCUCCGGGUCGCCAGGCGGCGGUUUCCAGGCAACGGCUGAACACAGACGCGGGCUGGAGGCCGGCGCUGAGCAACCUGAGGCCGGCAGACUCCGACUGGGCCCCUGGGCGGGCGGGACGGACCGCGGCCAAGGCGGGGCGCUGGACGGGGGCGGCAUGGAGGACGACGAGGACGAGACCACCGCGUCCACGCUGCGGGGCAAGCCCAGGCCGCCGCCCGUCUCGGCGCAGUCCGCCUUCAGCUACAUCCCGCCGCGGCGCCUAGACCCCAAAGAGCACAGCUACUACUACCGCCAGGCGCGGACAGGAAUUAUUUCCCUCUAUGACUGUGUUUUUAAGAGGCGACUAGAUUAUGAUCAGAAGUUGCACCGAGAUGACAGAGAACAUGCAAAAAGCCUGAGACUUCAUGUUAAUGAAGAGGAACAGGAGAGGCCGGUCGGAGUGUUGACGUCUUCUGUCUAUGGGAAGCGCGUCAGUCAGCCCAUUGAACCCCUAAACCGAGACUUCGGCCGCGUCAACCAUGUGCAGGCUGACUUCUACAGGAAGAACGACAUUCCCAGCCUCAAAGCACCGGGCUUUGGGCACAUUGCUCCAGCCUGAAGCACCCCUGUGGUCCACAGGGCAUGUCGCGAUACCCUGUGGGCCGGCAAGGUUGCACAGCAAGAAGGUGGCGUCUGGAGCCUUCUUUCCCCUUCCCAUGACACCUAGGAGCUUGGCUAUGCCUGUGUUGCAUCUCUGCAGUGGGACACAUGAACGUUAGCAGCUUCCCUCGGGUUGCUGUGGUUAGCAGGCUGACCAAAAACACCUUCAGUACAUGUGAAGAGUCUCUGGUGUGAUGAUUUUCAGCAGGAAUUAUUUUUGAUCAAAUGAUACUGGAGACCGAUUCACUGUGAGCACCUGAAUAAAAUGAAAACUUUGUUCCCCCUUGGUAAUGGUUGGGUUGGUUUUUGUCAUCGGCUGUCUACAUUUGCUAGGAUUCUUUGGGGAGGCAGUCACAGGAGUGAGGUGCAGUUACUUUUCCGAAGAGUUAUGGGAACUCCUGCUGCCUGGUAACACAAGCAACCCUGCCAUAUUCCCUUCUCCAGGAGGAGAUAUAAUGACAAUUGUCUUUUGGCACAACUGAACUCUAGAAACUCCAUUUUUGUUUUUUCCAGAGGUCUGAGCCACAAAUAACAGAAUUUAGUGCAGUUGGGACCAGGAGCCCUAGUAAGGAUGGGUGGCCCUGGUGGCCAGCAGUGCUCACUGUUACCGCUCAGGGAGAGAGGGCCAGUUGUGGGAAGAGACUAGAUUUCGGUGUUCAACAAACGGAUAAAAUUCUGGCUGCUGCACUUUCUAGAUUUGUGUUCUAGGGCAAGUCAUAUCAUCUAUAUGAGCAGACAUUUCCUCAUCUUUACAGUGGAAUUUCCAAACCUAGAAUUCAUGUGGGAGGCAAUGAGCUGCCGGAGUGCACGUACAGGCACCCAGUGUGUGCCCCACCCAGUGCCCCAUCUUCACAGCAAUGACUUGACUUUAAUUAAACAGUCUUCUUUUUGUAAGCAGUCGCUUUUCACCUAAGUUGGAAAUAUUUACUCUGGGGAUAAUUUGAAACUUACCCAAGUGUUAAGGGAUCAGCUACGUUUUUAAUGAAUGGACCCCUUGGAAGAAAUCAUCUCUCAUCUACCAUGAUUAAAUUCCCACAGUUUAUCAGUGAAUGGGCAGGUGGCCUAAUUAAUUUCAAUGCUGAUUGCUCCAUCACUGGUUUUAUUGUUUUGAAUAUGCAAAGAGGAUUCGCUAAAAAUAAAUGACACUGAAUUGCCGGCAA